GGAAUGCUGCAUGAUUCCCUGUUUUUCAGAAUGGCGGAAACACAGAUGUUGAUGGAGAGGCUAGAAAAGGCUGUAAUUCGACUUGAAACAUUGUUUUCAGCUUCACACAGAUCCAUUGGAAUGGAGUGUGGAGUUGUAAAUGGAGUCAAUGGAGGUGUAGCGCCGUACAUAGAAGCAUUUGAUAGACUGCUAAAUGGGAGUGUGGCUGAGUUUCUCAGGAACAGCAAGAUCCUUGAAGGUGAUGUAAAGAUACAUGCAGAAAUGGUGCGUGCUGCUUUCCAAGCUCAGAGAGCCUUCCUGCUGCUAGUGUCUCAGUAUCAAGAACCUCCAGAGAGUGAAAUGGCCAUGCUGCUCAAACCAAUAGCUGACAAAAUCCAGGAAAUCCAGACCUUCAGAGAGAGAAACAGAGGAAGUAAAAUGUCUCCUAAACCAGGCCCUUAUGUCAAGGAGAUGAACGAUGCUGCUACCUUUUAUACUAACAGGGUGUUAAAGGACUACAAAAACAGUGACUUACGUCAUGUUGAUUGGGUGAAAUCAUAUUUGAACAUCUGGACUGAGCUUCAAGCUUACAUCAAAGAGCAUCAUACCACAGGCCUCACCUGGAGUAAAACUGGCCCGACUGCAUCAACAGCAUCUGUGUUGUCCACUCUAACAAGUGGGCAGUGCCUUCCACCACCACCACCACCUCCACCGCUGCCGCCUGGACCUCCUCCUGUCUUUGAUGCAGAAAAUGGAAAGGAUGGAACAAGCACAUCUCGCUCAGCCUUGUUUGCCCAGCUUAACCAGGGAGAGGCAAUUACCAAAGGGCUCCGACAUGUCUCAGAUGACCAGAAGACCCAUAAGAAUCCAAACCUACGUGCCCAGGGUCCGCCAGUUCGUUCUCCUACAAAAAGCCAUACUCCAAGCCCCACUUCUCCCAAAACUUCUCCUCAGCAGAGCCAUUCUCCUUUGUUGGAACUAGAGGGAAAGAAAUGGAGAGUGGAAUAUCAAGAGGAUAAGAGCAACCUUGUUAUUACCAAUACUGAACUCAAGCAAGUGGCUUACAUUUUUAAAUGCAACAAAUCUACACUACAAAUAAAAGGAAAACUAAAUUCCAUUACAGUUGAUAACUGCAGAAAGUUUGGACUUGUGUUUGACAACGUCGUGGGAAUCGUGGAAGUGAUCAAUUCCAGGGAUAUUCAGAUUCAGGUGAUGGGGAAAGUGCCAACCAUCUCGAUUAACAAGACAGAAGGCUGCCACGUCUACCUCAGUGAAGACUCAUUAGACUGUGAGAUUGUGAGUGCCAAGUCAUCUGAAAUGAACGUUCUCAUCCCCCAAAAUGGAGAUUAUAAAGAAUUUCCUGUUCCUGAACAGUUCAAGACAGCAUGGGAUGGAUCCAAGUUGGUCACUGAACCUGCAGAGAUUGUGGGUUAACUUCCUACUGCCAUACAGCAGCCCUGGCCAUGAUCUCAGACUGAGGUCAGCCUAAAUAAAACAGCAACAUAAAGAACUAGAAACAGCAGUAGGUUGUACUGCUGGAGUAGGCCUUCCAACAGCAGCUCUGUAAACUAGAAACAAGGACAUGUGGCAUGCUUUUUUCUUAGGCAUUCUGAUAAUUUUUAACAUUUUGACAGUUUGCGCCUUCAAUUACAGUUUUGAUUCUACAGGUUGUCUCAAACAUUAGGGAAUUUUACAAAAAUUCUUCAUUCAUGGUAUUGGGUAUUAUACUGCACACAAUAAGCCAGAAUAUUGCAUGAUAUACUUUGUUACAAUCAUGUUUCAGUGCAUUCCUGAAUGUUUUGACUACUGAAAAGCAAGCAUAAAACCAUUAAGAUAGUUAUUUUACCUUUUAGAAAAUUAAUGUAUGAUUGGGAGAAUAUGUAUACCUAGCUUGGGAAGUCUUUCAUUCUUGGAGCUGUCUGAAUCACGAGGGUUUUUAAAACAAACGUACAAUUUUCAGCAAUACACUUUGCCAGUGGAAUGUAAAACCAGGAUAUUUUAUUCACACAUUUUUCUAGUAUGCAAAUGUAGAGUAUCACCUCAGCUUUCAUUUCUACAAACCCAUUGUAUGCCCUGUGGUCUUAAAUUAGUAAUCCUGAUCUCUGACAAAACAUUACUGGUCAAACAUCAUUUGACGGCUUUUUACUCCUCUGAUUUCUCAUUAACUAUUUUGGGCCCCAGGAGGGUCUGGAUUCACCCUCCCCUAUUACACACACUCACAAGCAGUUCCAAAAACAGAGUCCUUUGGAGCACAGGCUGAGUGGCCCAAGGCUUAUAACCCAGUUCCUGGGUAAUUGUUUCUUUAUUCUAUUGUAUAAGCUACUUGUUGGAGAGAGUAGCUUUGGAAUUUAGUUUCAGGGGAUUUUUUUGCCUUUGCAAGCUAAUCUUGUAAUAUGUUCAUAGUAAAAGCCAUAGCUGUACUCCAUAUGAGUUCUAAGUCCAAAUUAAAGGGACUGUUUCUUGUUUAAGAAUGGCAAUGUAGAAUCCAGUGUCUUAUUUACAUGCUUUUUUAACUACAGUAGUGUGUGCUUAGCUAUAUAUUUUACAAUUUCAGCAUGUAGUACUCUAUUUGAUAUACAUUUUUGAAGACCUGUAAUUCUUUGUAUGAGUGAAUUCAUGGUUCAUGUUUGCAAAUCUACUUGCAGGAUAUACAGUGUGCCUACUGCACCUUUCAAAGUACAUAUAUGCAUUCAGGUUUAAAGUAGCUGGUUGUACUUUAAUCAAUAGUGCUCUCAAUGAGGUUUUAACUGGUGUUUUGUCUAUAUGUUAUGGGGCUUUAGUACAUACCAUUUUUCAAUAGUGAACGUAUACUGAAAUAAAGCAGUCUGUACUUUGUGUAACUAGAGUGAGUUCAGAGUGCACUUGAUUUAAGUGUUUUCCUCCAUUUUCCUGAAUGCCAGUUUAGGAAGUUUGAAGGAGGACAGGCACCUAACUCGUGGCUCUUACCCAAGUGUCUCCCCUAUAUCAUUGCCCACUCUCACUCCUCCCACAGAAUAGCAUGAGUAUAAUGUAUCAGUGAUCACAAGCAGACUGGCUAUUUCACAAUUAAAGCCGUAGUGGCAAAAAUACAGGAGCAACAGCAAAGGCCCUCACUUUAAAUAACUGCAUUGUAGAACAUCACUCUUUUCCAUGCACCAGCAAGUGCUGUAGAGCAGGGCCUAGACAUGCCCACAUUCAAGUGGACAUUACUGAAACUGUUUCUGAUCUCAUCUCUGCUACUAACUCACUGUAUGCCCUGGGGCAUGUUCCUUUUCUUCUGCUGGGAGCUGCACAGCCUAGCAUCAACCUCCUAUUGUAUUAAACCUGCACACAUAGCACAUAUCUAUUUCUUAAAGUAACAGCUACAGCUCAUGAAAACUUUAUUAGCAUUAAGAAUGUUUUAUAGCAGAAGUUACCAAUCACACAUUGGAACAGUCUCAACUUGAGGCACUGAUUUCUAUUCUAAUCCCACAUCAGAAAGUGAUCCCAUCCCUCAGCCCGACGCGGUCACUGAAGACCCAUCUUUUACACAGCUAUGGUACUCGAGGUUUCUUUGAAAACAAAAAACACACAAUGAACAUAAAAUUGAGAACACAGGCUUUAACCUUCCCAAGGGCCGGUUCUCUGCAUUAUACCAAUAGGUACAUGGGUGCAAGACUUCUGAAAAGCAGCCACACUUGAUUCUGUAAUACUUCAUGAAAAAGGUGGUAAAUGUCAAAUGCUGUCUAUAGGGAUAAUUUUAGCACACUUUUAAAUAGCUGUUUGCACAUAACCAUGUUAGAAUGAUCACAUUUGUCAACAGCCACAAAACAAAAGUGAUAGAAAUGUAGCCGUGUUAGUCUGGUUUCACUGUCUCAGGCAGCAACAUUCAGAAUACCACAUGAAGGUCACCCUUCGACAACCUCUAUCUCCACUUCCUGUGCUGUGUGUAACAAUUGGGUCUAGAGAACCUGUUCUUCCCAAAAAACGUGAAUUUUUCCAUCCAUUUUAAUGGGAUCAGGAAUAGAACCCAAGUACUUU